UGUCUUACGACUUUAGAAACUUAAUGCCCAUAAAACAAGUAGCAAACCACAUUGGAAAACUUGGAGAAAAAUAAUAUUUUGAGUAGGUAGAUAUCAGAUAUAAGGCGCUAGCGCUGUAUGAUGCUUCAGAGGGUGAAUAAUACGCAAGAAAAUUCCAUUCAGUCUACGCUCCACAGUCUACGGCGCUCUUGAGAAGGGUCAGCCACAGAAAUGUAACCUCGCCCUUUAUUGAAAAUGUUACCUGCUCAGCCCUACCUGAAGUCACAAAAACGAAUGGUAGACAGUCAGAAUUCUCAUCAGUUUUAACAACAAAGUGCAAAGAAAAUGAUUACCUAGAAAAAUUGUUUAUUUAUUACAUUAACACGUGUAAUAAUUCCACGACAAAUUGUAAUUCGUCCGGAUCGUUAGUUAAACUUCAUUUCAUUUAAAUAAGAAACAGGAGCUAGUUGUACAUCAAGUGAAUAUAUAGUAAGACUGACAACUCUUUGCCUUAAAGUGACAUGAAAAAAGAACUGAUAAAAAAAUCAUGGCGCCAACUACUAGCAGUGCUUUCAGCUACUGUAUGCACUAUAAGCGACGGCAUGCAUUACGGUUGGACGGCUCCUAUUUUACCGCAACUUAAAGGCAACGAUAGUUCUAUAGAAAUAACGCACACGGAUGAAAUAUGGCUAGAAAAUAUUUAUAUGGCAGGAAUAUUAGCAGGAUUGGGAAUUACAGCCUGGCUGAUCAUAUUGUUUGGAAUAAAAUUCACGAUCCUUUUAGGAGCAGGUUUCCAUCUAAUUUCCUGGAUCCUGAUCGGUAGUAAUUUGGGAAAGGAAGUUCUGUACGUGGCGCGAUUUAUAUCAGGAAUCGCAGGAAAUGUGGCCUUUGUUUCCGUUCCGAUGUACAUCGGUGAAAUAUCGGACAAAAAUAUGAGAGGGUUUUUUGGAACUUUUAUUUUCACCCUCUCGUUACUGGGAUUACUUGUGAUUUAUUCGAUUGGUCCAUAUGUUAGUAUCACGUAUUCUUCUAUAGUUGGUGCAUGUUGCGCAUUAACACAACUGGUGGCCUUUAGUUUUAUGCCUGAAUCUCCAUAUUGUCUUUUGGUUAAAGGCAAAAAGGAAAAGGCUUUAAAAUCUCUAAAAUGGUUGAGGAACGAUAAGGAAGUGACAGAAGAAAUGGAUGACAUUGCGAAGGCUGUGGAGAGACAGCAAUCAGAGAAGGGACGAUUCAUCGACGUGUUCCUUAUCAAAAGCAAUAGAAAAGCUUUUCUUACAAUAGCUGUCCUAAAUUUUUCUCAACACUUUAGUGGAAUAAGCGUGUUCCUCAUGAACUUGCACACGAUUUUAUCAGACGCCGCUUCAAUUGUCCCUUCUGAUAAAGCCGGUAUAAUUGUUUCGGCCGUAAUGCUAUUGUCAGGAAUAUUAUCUUCAAUAGCAGUUGAUAAAAUUGGACGUAAAAUUCUAAUAAUUGGUUCAAGUAUAGUAACGGGAUUUUCUCUCCUUAUUUUCGCGGGAUACUUUUUAGUUAAAGAAAUGGGAUACGAUGUCACACCAUUUAACUGGUUACCACUCUUUUCAGUUAUCCUUUACUCGAUAGCAUUUAAAUUUGGCCUGGGGAUGGUACCAAUAGUAUUAAUUGGAGAAUUGUUUCCUACAAGCGUCAAAGCUAAAGGAAUGACAAUCUCGGACAUUACUUAUGCUCUGUUCGGACUGUUCUCUAUUUAUGUGUACAUGUAUUUGGUGGACGCUUUCGGAAUGUACGUCCCGUUUUUUCUUUUUGCUGUAUGCUGCUAUGUUGCGGCAAUUUUUGUUGCACUCUACGUACCAGAAACCAAAGGGAAAACUUUGGAAGAAAUACAAAUCAUACUAAAAGGUCAAUACCAAAAAUGAGAAACUACCAAAAUAUAGAGAAGUUGCAGAUGAUACAGUUCCUUUGAAUUUCUUACUCGCCACAAGAACUGAGUACUACUACUUAUAUGUAUUCAACGAAAAAGGAAUACUGCGUACCUGGAUAUGUUAUUUAUGUGUUUGAAAUUACUCAUACAAAACGUCAUAUCAGUAAAUCUACUAUUUUAGAAUCUUUAUUUGGUAAAAGUCUAGAUGAUGGCCGAAGGAGGUGGGGGUGGGGGAUCGAAAGAGGAGGUCUCCCCCACCACUGUACCAUAAAAAG